GCAUUAUCCGGCUCUUCCAGAAGCUUAAUCCUCAGCCUACAAAACUGUCGCCGACGGCGCCAUUAAUGCUCACAAGUCACAGCUCACAAGCACUGCACUUGCACACAAGUCGCAAGCAUUGCACGCACGAAGCCUUCGACCAACGAUGUCGUCGACAGCGGACCUCCCGCGGCCUGCGCGCGGCGGCGGUGCCUUCGACUUCGGGCAGGGCAGCGCGCUGGUGCUCGCGUCGUACCCGGUGCUCCUGCUCCUCGUCCUUCUCUCCGCGUUCGUCAAGUACGUGUGGAUCGCGCUCGCGCUCUACUGCGCGAUCCUGUUCGUGCUCUCCUGCACUGGCCGCUUGCUUGCCGGCCCGGUGGUGUUCGUGCACGACGAGGACACGGCGGCCGUCGAGCGGGGCGGCCUAUCACAGGCGUCCAUUGCGGCCUUCCCGACGUUCGUGUACGGUGCCGCAGCUUCAGCCGGUGCCGGCGACGGCGAGGCCCAGUGCGCGGUGUGCCUGGAGGCUCUGUCCGGCGGGGAGAAGGUGCGGCGGCUGCCGGUGUGCGCGCACACGUUCCACGUUGGGUGCAUUGACAUGUGGUUCCACUCGCAUGCGACGUGCCCGGUCUGCCGCUGCCAUGUCGAGCCGCCCAAGGCCGGCAAGAUGGCGCCGUUGCCACCAGAGCCGCCUCUGCCGCCGGUGUAGUUGUUGCUGACUGUGCCAAGACAUAAGAUUGUACAGAUUUAAAUUUGAGGUCCCUCACUGCCUCAGUAUUGUCUUAUUGUACUCUGCUGACGAUCGAAUACCGUAUACUCUUUACAUGGUUAAUGUGUUACUAACUUCGUCCUGUUUUAUUAGUCAUUUUAUAUAUUUUUUAUCAAAUUUUGAUCAUAGAUUUAACUAACAAAAUGGUAAUGCAUCUCGUCAAAAAUUAUAUUGCUGGAUUCGUAUUUAAACAUAGUCUUCGGCAAUACUAAUUUUUUAUGUAUAAACUAUACAAAUAUUGUCUUUGGAGGCCGAGCUCCAUGGAGCUUGGUUUUGAAAAAUCAGAAUUUUGUCAAAUUUCAUAAUUUCUACGUUUCAAAAAAUUCUGAGAAAAACCCACAGAUAUACAUGAAGGCAUAACACACAUGUGUGUAAAUUUUCAGGGCAAAAUAAGUUGAAAUGAGGUCUGUGCAAAAAAGAAAAAUCUGAGACUUUUUAACACAUGACACUAUUCAUCCUCCCAGGCCAUGAAUUUGUCUUUUUUUGUAUAGGUCGCAUUUCAAUGUUCUUCAUCCUGAAAUUUUACACACAUACACAUAAUAUCCUUGUUUACUUGCACAAUUUUUUCACAUUUUUUUGAAAUCAAAAAAUUUGAAUUUUGAUUU